AUGAGCACUCCGCAGCGGACGCCGCGGCAAUCAUUUCCCCGCACUAUCUCGCGGCAGGGCGCCACAACUCCAUUUAAGCAGCGGAGCUGGGAGAUUGGAGAUAUGGUGCAGCUGCAAGGCAGCGAGUUGGUGGGCGUGUUGCGGUAUUUGGGGCCAGUGCACGGCCGCGAGGGCCGCUUUGCAGGUCUCGAGCUUAUAGGGAGCAGCGCGGGCCGCGGCAAGAAUGACGGCACAAUUGAAGGUGUGCAGUACUUUGCAACCGUCCCAAAUAACGGCGUGUUUGGGCCUGCGUCGAAACUUGUUGCUGCUAGCGGCACGCGUCCAAACAGCGCAACUGCACGGCCCCCGUCGUCUUUAUCACGAAGCAUAAGCCGCACAGAGGAGCGGCCUGCUUCCGCCGCGCGGGGAUCGCUGCGACCGCGGUACAGCGGCGUGCCGUUACCGUCGCCAAGCGCCGCGACACCCACACGUUCAUUGCCGCGCCGCAGUAUCGGCGGCGCACCGCUAGGAACGCGCACGCUGAAUGGCCCGCCCCUGCCGCGCCUCUCGCAGGCUAGUGGCCAGUUUGCAAAGCCGCAGACUCCACUCACGUCGUCUGUUUCACGCGUGAUGCGCCGUCCAACAUCUGCAGCCGCACACGUCUGUCCUGCAAGCUCGCUGCGCACGUCCAUGUUGCCUCCUCGGGCCAACAACUUUCACUUUGACGAGGAGCCGAUGCCUCAGCAGCUCAAGAGCGCAGACGAGGAGCUGUCUGGGAAGCGGCGCACGUUGCUGGAGCAAAUGUCGCUCGAUGCUGGCGAGUCACAAACGGAGUAUACCAAGCUGCAUGUCGAGCUUACCACGGCGAAGAAAAAGAUUGCGUCGUUGGAGGACGAGCAUGCGAAAAACAUGGAACGCGAGUUGUUUGCCGUGCGUGAGGAGCACAGCGAGGCGCUUCGGUUGCAGGCCUCGGAAGCGGACGCAAGGAUCCAGGCGCUUGAGCUCGCAGUAAGGGAUGCACAAUCUGCUGUGCCUCACGCUGACGACUUGCAUGCAAAGAUGGAGCAAAUGAUCACAGAAUGGGCCCAAGAACGAGACGAGCUGCUGGGCAACAUUGAAGAGCUAAAAGGCGCGGGACAGGAGACGAUCAGUGUAUACGAACACCAGCUGGAACUCGCGGCGAAGGAGCAGCAAGGUUUGCGAACGCACCUUCAGCAACUCGAGGCACAGCUCACCGACCCCCAGAAUCAGAACAAGGACACGAGUUUAUCGGCUACUGAUAUCGAUAUGACAAGCUUGCGCGAGCAGGUCCAGCACCUCACAGUCAAGGCAGAGCGCCUGGAAGGGGAGCUGAACGAAGCGCGAUUUGCAGCAGAGAAUGACCGUGCUGCUCACACGUCUGCAAACCAGGAGCACGACACCGCGCUCAGAUCGCUGCAGGAGCAAGUCGAGAAAGCUAAGGCCGAGGCACAGGAGCAUGCAAAUGCGACGCUGAAUGCAACAGAUGAAAUUGCCAAACUGCACAAGGUGGUUGAGGAGUGCAAGAUGGCGCUCGAGCGCGAGCGUGCAGAAAUUGAAACUUUGCGGACUGUCCCGAGCGUAGACAAUUCCCAGGAAGAAAUCCACGCACUGCAAGCCAAUGUAGCGCGGCUCACCUUGGAGUUGGAGCAAAAGGCACCUGCGGAAUCCAACGAGAAUGCGCUUGCAAAGCUCCACGCGCUCGAGUCCAAGCACAAGGAGCAGACCGAAGCCCACGCCAAAGAGAUUGCCGAGCUCGAGGCACUUGUCGAGUCUCGCAUCUUCAGGGAAGAUGAACUGGAGACUGCGAUGGAGCAGCUCCGUAAAGAGCGCGACGUGGCAUUGGCCAAGGCGGCGAAGUGA